AUGUCACCCGCAGCGUCGUUUGCAGAACGAUGGGCCCGUGACAACCUAACCAGAGAGGCUACCCCAGAUGAGCUCGUGGUUCUCAAUCUUUUUCCAGUUACUUGUGAAGGAAACGAGAUUGAAGCAGCUAAAAGAGCUAGGCGUUAUUACAAAGCUAGAGGUCCAGGCGGUUUGACAGAACUUUGGCACAAAAGGCAUCCAGAUGAUGACGAUAUUUUGUCCAGUUGUCAAGAUGUAUAUAUAGUACCUUUACGAUAUCGCAGUGCGGGUGGCAGACGACUGACAAUAUUACGACUGCCAAGUCCUACAGCCCAAGAUGGAUCGUUAUCUGCUAAAGCUUUACUAGCUAGGUGGCUCAUGAUAUUAGACAUCAGGCUACGGGAAGAUCCAACUCCUGGAGAAGAAGUGGUAUUUAUCGAUGUCGCUGAUCUUCAACCAGCGCAUAUCAAACAUCACUUCAGAGGAUCUUACUGGAAAGAUUUUAUUUGGUGUAUGAAGGUUGUCUACCCACUCCGUAUCACAGAAGUCCAUGUUAUCAACACACAACGCUUGAAGACGAUGUCCCUCCUUCUUCUACAUCUAGGCCUAUACCCUUGGAGACCUAAAGUGAUACAAAUUCAUAGCAAUGUCAAUAGCAUAGAAGAUGCAUUAGGAGCUGAUCGGUAUCUCGUUGAGAAUCUGCCGUAUGAGUACGGCGGUAAAGCUGGAGCAAUGAAAGAUCUCAACGAUGAAUGGACAAAGAAACUGUUAUCAAAUUCAAAGUGGCUUCAAACAGAAGAACGCAUGUUCUACGACACAGACCUGAAACCAGAAGCCCGAACACGUACAAGACAUCGAAGUGCUGUGCGCGGACUGCGCGGAACUAUUGCCUCUUACGACGUGGUCACAAGGACACAUUCCUGUCGGUCACUACACAGGCAUGAAGAUUUAGAUGACGGAAUACAUGGUGCUUACAGAACUUUAAAAGUGACCGGUGAAAAGUUUUACAAGUAG